GACUGGCAGAGGAGCGCCUGGACAGCAGCAGCAGCUGACUUUCUAGAUCAAGCGCCUUGGGGCCCCAGGCUUGGGAGUGAGCCGAUGGCCCACGUUCGAGAAGUGUCCCGGUCCUCCCGCUCCUUCGGCAGUUGGAGUUCGGGAGGCGGUCGAGGAGCCUGUUUGGAGCAGGCGGCUGAGAAAGCAGCAGAAAUGGAGCAGACGAUGCGGGGUACACAGGGAGCCCGGGAGAUGAAGCCGGAGCAGUGGCCGGAGCCCAAGCCCACGUCGGAGAACUUAACAAGGAGGGGCUGUGGCAGCGAGGAGAAGGUGCUCCCUUCCAGCCCGGCUGCUUGUCACACCAGCUCCAGCUCGGUUUGCCCGCGCCGCAAGCCCCGCCCUCGGCCCCAGCCCAGGUCCCGCUCUAGGGGAGGGCGUGGGCUCAAGGCCCCACCCCCGCCUCCCGCCAAACCUCCGCCUCCCCCGCCAGCGCCGCCACCUUCACCCCCGCCCCCGCUGCGGUCGGUGGCCCGGCGCAAAUCCAGGCGUAGAUCCAGGCCUGCACCCAGACCCCAAACACGAAAAAGCUGCUCUAGUGACCAAGGCUACUCUGGGGAUCCAGAUGUCGCAGAGAACAGGUUACUGGAGGUUGGGUCUGAUAAGGGGCCCACAGGCUGUUCCCAUGUAGAAAGCUUUAAAGUAGCCAAAACCUGGCGGAAGAACCUGCGGAUGAUCUAUCAGCGUUUCAUUUGGAGUGGGACACCGGAAACUAGGAAACGUAAGGCCAAAUCUUGCAUCUGUUAUGUGUGUAAUACCCAUAAGAACAGACUUCACUUGUGUCUGUCCUGUGUAUAUUUCGGAUGCUUUACUGAGAAACAUAUUCAUAGACAUGCAGAGACAAAACAACACAAUUUAGCAGUUGACCUCUAUCAUGGGGUUAUAUAUUGCUUUAUGUGUAAGGAUUAUGUAUAUGACAAAGAUAUAGAACAGAUUGCCAAAGAAACAAAAGAGAAAAUUCUGGGACUAUUACCUUCCACUGCAAUAGACGUUUCUUAUCAGCAGUGUAUGACAUUGGAGUCUGAAGAAAAUCAAUCAACUUAUGAGGCAAAAGAACAGGAAACCACUCUGGUAAAACCCAAGAAAAAGAGGAGGAAAAAGACAGUGUAUUAUACUGUAGGCCCCAGAGGGUUAAUCAACCUUGGAAACACUUGCUUUAUGAAUUGUAUUGUCCAGGCACUUACCUACAUUCCGCUACUGAAAGAUUUUUUCCUUUCAGACAAACACAAAUGUACUAUGACAAGUCCCAGCUUGUGUUUGGUCUGUGAAAUGUGUUCACUUUUUCAAGCGAUGUACUCUGGGAACCAAAGUCCUCAUGUUCCCUAUAAAUUACUGCACCUGAUAUGGAUUCAUGCAGAACAUCUAGCUGGGUACAGGCAGCAAGAUGCUCAUGAGUUUCUUAUUGCAAUAUUAGAUAUGCUGCAUAGACACAGCGCAGAUGACAGUGUAGAGCAGGAAAGUAACUCCAACUGCUGUAACUGCAUUAUAGACCAAAUCUUCACAGGUGGCCUGCAGUCAGAUUUGACAUGUAAAGUCUGCCAUGGGGUCUCCACCACUAUAGACCCAUGCUGGGACAUCAGUUUGGAUUUGCCUGGCUCUUAUUAUACCUCCGAGAGAGCUAGUAGCACAAUGCGUAGGGCUGGCCACAAACCAAGAGUCCCCUCGCUUACAGAUUGUCUACAGUGGUUUACAAGGCCAGAGGACCUGGGAAGCAGUGCCAAAAUCAAGUGCAGUCGAUGCCAAAGCUACCAGGAAUCUACCAAACAGCUCACAAUGAAGAAAUUACCAAUCGUGGCCUGUUUUCAUCUCAAAAGGUUUGAACAUUUAGGCAAACAGAGACGCAAGAUUAAUACUUUUAUCUCAUUUCCUUUGGAGCUGGAUAUGACACCCUUUCUGGCUUCUACUAAGGAAAGCAUAAUGAAAGGCCAGCCCUUAACAGACUGUGUGCCCAGUGAGAACAAGUAUUCUUUGUUUGCGGUGAUUAACCACCAUGGAACUCUGGAAAGUGGUCACUACACCAGCUUUAUACGUCAAGAAAAGGACCAGUGGUUCAGCUGUGAUGACGCUGUCGUGACGAAGGCUACACUAGAAGAGUUACUCCGUAGUGAAGGGUAUUUACUGUUCUAUCACAGGCAGGAUAUUGAGAAUAAUCUCACCCAGAUGCUUUCCAGGAAAACAGAGUAAGGAUCCUGCAAUGAUACACACACCUACCUGGAUGGAGAACAACAAGCACCUCUUAAAGAAACACAAAAAUCUACCUGGAGUGGACAGUGACCAUAACACCUAUAUAAGUGAUACUUUGGCAAAAAGAAACUGUUUUACCCCGUUCUAUGGGUCUAUGAGAAGGAGACAUUGAAUUACCAGUGACCAUUUAGCCUUAAGAACUCGGGGGAAGGGAGGAGAGGUUGAAAAGGAUCACAUAAAGUAAAUUAAGUGAAGUCUCAAGGUGGAGGGAGGUGCGAAUAAAAUCAGAUUCCUAUGUGCUCUUUAAUUCUUCAAAGAUAUGGUGUUAAGUGUGGGGGUAUCUUUUAGGAAAGGGGUUUUUCAUUGAUUGUAGUUCCAGUUAUGAGUGCACAUAUAGUCUGAAAAAAAAACCAAAUAU